GGCAGCUUCCGGAAAGGGUACUAGAUUUCCCGUUCCUACCUGCACCACGACCCCUUAUUGCGCCCUGCUUCUGAGUCAUAGAGCCUAAAAUGAAACACUCAGCCACAGGUCUUCCUUUCAACGCCCGCCGGAGUUACACAUGAGGGCAGGACAGGGGAAGCAAUGAAGUACCGAGGCCGGAGACGAGCGACACUGGAGAAGCAGGAAGAGGCGGGGCUCCCGCCAGGGCACGGAGGCUCCGCCUCCUUGCGUCAUUUCCGUAAACAAAGGCUGCUGCGGAGGCGCGGGUCUCAGGAUGUGAUGCGAGCUUUAGCUGCAGCUGAGGUAGUAGUUUCAGAGACUCCUGGACCUUUGCAGGUUGAGGAAGGGGGCCCCGAUCCCCUUCUUCUUCAGGUCUUAAGAAGCUGGCCUUGGUGCAAAAAGGAUCUCAAAACAAUGGAAGAGCGCAAAGUGAAGAGGAGGAGUCCUAAGUCUUUUAGUGCCCACUGUACUCAGGUUGUUAAUGCCAAAAAAAAUGCCAUUCCAGUUAGUAAAAGCACAGGGUUUUCAAAUCCUGUAUCACAGUCAACGUCACAGCGACCAAAGUUAAAAAGAGUGACAAAAGAAAAGACCAAACCACAGGGCGGAGAAGGAAAAGGUGCUCAGUCAACUCCAAUACAGCAUUCCUUCCUCACUGACGUCUCAGAUGUUCAGGAGAUGGAGAGAGGGCUUCUAAGUCUUUUGAAUGAUUUCCAUUCUGGAAAACUUCAAGCAUUUGGAAAUGAAUGUUCCAUUGAACAGAUGGAACAUGUUCGGGGAAUGCAGGAGAAAUUAGCUCGCUUGAAUUUGGAGCUCUAUGGGGAGUUAGAGGAACUUCCUGAAGAUAAAAGAAAAACAGCCAGUGACUCCAAUCUGGAUAGGCUUCUGUCUGAUUUAGAAGAAUUGAAUACUUCCAUACAAAAACUUCAUUUGGCAGAUGCACAAGAUGUUCCAAAUACUUCUACUAGCUAAAAUGAAAUGCAGUUUGCUUUCUUGUGAGUUGAAGAGAAGCAGCAGUCUUUACUUUUCCAGCCAAAUCCAGUAGCAGAAUCAUCCACAAUAAGGAAUUAAAGUAAUUAAAAUGCAACUGCAAUGAUUGUUUUCACAUCCUGCUUUUAGUAAAUUUGACUCACUGUAAUUCACCAUAACUGCAGGCCUGGGUCUUGUUGAGGCUUAAUCAGGAAAUGUGGGGCAGAGGUUGUGCUGCUAUGCUUUAUAUUUUGUUGCCUUAUGGGGUUAUACUUGAAAUGCAUUGUGCUAAUAAUUAAUGUUCCUGACAGGGCUGAAGGAUUCAUCCUUCCUGAGCUCACCACAUUUAUUCCAGUGUUGAUCAUAAGUUGGUGACGCACAGGCUCUUUGUGGCAGUCCAGCUUCAGUUUACGUUAGACAAUCGGUACACAUGCUGCUAUGCUUUCCAAUGGCCAGUGAUAACAAAAGGUUAAAUAUGUAUUUGUGAGAUUUGCUAUUUUUAAUAAAGUGAUUGUUUUAAAUUA